AUGGGGAAUAGAGAAUCUGUAGCUGGUUAUCAAACGGAAAUUCUUGCCAAGGACACCUAUGUGUGGUACAAACAAUUUAUGAUGGAAUACCCUUCUGGGCUACAGACAUUACAUGAAUUUAAGACACUAUUGGGCCUGCAAGGCUUGAAUCAAAAAGCCAGUCAACAUGUUGACCGAGUCUUUAAUACCUUUGAUAUGAAUAAGGAUGGAUUUAUUGACUUUUUAGAGUUCAUUGCUGCUAUAAAUCUAGUUGUGCAAGGUAAAAUUGAACAAAAACUGAAAUGGUAUUUUAAGCUGUAUGAUGUUGAUGGAAAUGGUACUAUUGACAAAAAGGAACUAUUGACUAUCUUCAUGGCUGUGCAAGCACUUAAGGGUCAGCAAACUCUGAGUCCUGAAGAAUUCACAGACUUGGUGUUUCACAAGAUUGACAUAAAUAAUGAUGGAGAAUUGACAUUAGAAGAAUUCAUCAGUGGUAUAAAAAAAGAUGAGUAUCUUCUGGAGACUGUGUCCAAGAGUUUCGAUCUUUCCAAUGUACUGCAAAUAAUCUGUAAUGGGAGGCAGCCAGACACAGGAGAUAGACUUUCUCCAAACCAUCUGACAAGACUGGACUAGGGAAGGUGAAAUUGAGUUGGCUAUGAAACCACCUAUCCCAGCUUUCAGAACUUCAAAAUGAGAAGAAAUGAAAAUAUACCCAUGUGCAUGCUGUCAGUUUCAUAAUCUAAGUUAUAAUUGGUAUCAGCUAGUGAAUGCACUAUUUAAAUCCAUCAAAGGCUUUCAUAAAGGUCAAAGAUAGAGUGCAUUUUUGUUUUUCUAUUUUUCAGUAGUACUCUUUCAGCAGAUUAGAACAUGAUAAUUAAACUAAAGGAUUGUUUCCAUAUCUAUUGGUUAAAAAUGAAGUUCACAUAUGGUUCUUUACAAAUGUAAUUUUCAACUUGAAAUAAAACAGACUAGACUAUCAGGCAGUUUCUCAGGAAUUUAGCAUUCGUCUUCGAUUCAAUAUACAUUUGACAAAUGUG